AUGAGACACCGCCGACGAAAGUUGCCGGGUAGCGGACACCAAGCUGAACGCCGUGCACCUGGUCGGCUGCCGCGCUUCGUUGUCGACGCGGUAGCUGAUGACGAGUCCAUCGCAUCAUCUGAAGCAGAAGACGAAAACGCGGUGCUCGGGGAAUCGGUUGCUCUCGACGGCCUAGAGAGCAAGAAGCUGCGCAGUUUAAGUGGUUUACGUGGAAGCUCUACAGCAGAUCUCGAUCCGAGUCUCGAACAGGCAGCCGAUGCCGAAAGCGCUUCCAGUUCUGAAGCGGAGGUAAGCGAGCAAUCAAGACGUCUACACCUUGCAAAGGCGUACCUGGAGCGCAUCGGAGCAGCAAGGUUUACUGAAGACGAUCUGCACCAGAGAGCAGACGAAGACAGCCUCGAGGCACGAGAUGCAACCGCUCUUGGUGACGCAAGCGACGAUGACACUGACAGUGCGAGCGACGCGUGGAACGAGGUUCUCUAUAGAGAGGCGCAGCAACUUCGCGGACAGUACUAUGCUUCUGAAAUGGCCUUCGAUGAUGUGGAAUCCAUGCUUCCUGCUGAACCUACGCUCACGGCUUUCGGUCACAAAAGGCCCCCGACCUGUAUCACCUUUUUGCCCGACGGUGAGGUGCUCGGGCCUCCCCGAUACGCCAUCACUGGUGGAAAGGAUGGAGCACUGCUUCUAUGGGAUAUCGAGCGUGGUGCCAAAAGCAUUGUCUCCGCAAGUGCGACCUCUUCCGCCGGGUCCGCCGCAAAGCCCGAGAUUCUCUGCGUCGCAGCGUCGCGUGACGGGCGGUUGGUCGCUUCCGGCAGCCGCGAUGCAUCCAUUCGUAUCUAUGAUUUGCGACAGCGGAACAUAUCUGAUGACUCUCCCUCGAUACCUAUCCUUUCGCUUGUACAUGUCGCGCGGGGUCAUCGGGGUGCCGUCAGCGGACUGGCCUUCUUUCGGGACGUUUUCCGGAAACAUGCCGGACCGGGUGUUUCAAUCGGCGUCGAUCGCAACUCCACAGAAGAGAGUCUCUUCAGCGCCUCCUUCGAUCGAACGCUUCGUUUCUGGAGCAUAGAGCGUUCCAAAGCUGCACCGCAAUCCAUUCUGGAUUCAGGCCCAGAUGCCGAGGCCGGUCUGUACGACGGCCGCAACAUGUCCCCGUGGAGCGUGCACUACGUCGACAGCUACUACGGCCACGAAGAAGAGGCGACGAGUCUCUGCUGUGCGGCGUGGGGCAGGCUAUUAUCUGGCGGCCGAGAUCGCACCGUGCGUUCUUGGAAAGUCUACGAUGAUACCCAGCUUGUGUACAGAGCACCUCGAACUGCUGGUGCACAGAUCGGUACCAGCAUAGACUGUGUUGCGUGGGUGAGCCCGACCACCUUCGUAUCGGGUGCUGAUGAUGGAUCGCUUUCACUCUGGUCUACAGCGAAGAAGAAACCGGUCCAUAAGAUUCUUGACGCCCAUAAGAAUCCCGUAUGCCCGUGGAUAUGUUCGGUGGUGAGCCCUGAGGCCGCCAAUCUGGUUUGCAGCGGCUCUGCGGACGGUUGCGUACGCCUCUGGCGUGUUCGUAUGCAAGCAUCUGUGAAAGCCAGCGCCAAGAGCGCGAAACGGCACGGGUCCUUACCAGAAUCCCUUGAGGCGCUUGGGACGUUGCCAUUCGCCGCCAGCGGGUUCUGUAAUGGCAUUGAUUGUGUUCUUCAGAAGCGUACUCUUUACAUUACAGCGGCUGUGGGUCAGGAACAUCGAUUCGGUAAGUGGUACGUCGACCGAAGCCUUCGGAAUGGACUCGCGUUCUGGCGGAUACCGCUCGCAUGA